CCGGGAGUGUGUUUCCGGCGUCGGAGGCCGCGGCCGGGCGCAGUGUGAGAGCGGUAAGAUGGCGGCGGCGGCGGUGGUGGAGUUCCAGAGAGCGCAGUCCCUCCUCAGCACCGACCGGGAGGCCUCCAUCGACAUCCUGCACUCCAUCGUGAAACGUGACAUUCAGGAGAAUGAUGAGGAGGCAGUGCAGGUCAAAGAGCAGAGCAUCCUGGAACUGGGGUCUCUCCUGGCGAAGACUGGACAAGCUGCAGAGCUUGGAGGACUUCUGAAGUAUGUGAGACCCUUCUUGAAUUCCAUCAGCAAGGCUAAAGCAGCUCGUUUGGUCAGAUCUCUUCUUGAUCUGUUUCUUGAUAUGGAAGCAGCUACAGGGCAGGAGGUCGAGUUGUGUUUAGAAUGCAUUGAAUGGGCCAAAUCAGAGAAAAGAACUUUCUUACGCCAAGCUUUGGAGGCAAGACUGGUGUCUUUGUACUUUGAUACCAAGAGGUACCAGGAAGCAUUGCAUUUGGGUUCUCAGCUGUUGAGGGAGUUGAAAAAGAUGGAUGAUAAAGCCCUUCUGGUGGAAGUACAGCUUUUAGAAAGCAAAACCUACCAUGCUCUGAGCAAUCUACCGAAAGCCCGAGCUGCCUUAACCUCUGCUCGAACCACAGCAAAUGCCAUCUACUGCCCCCCUAAAUUGCAGGCCACUUUGGAUAUGCAGUCAGGUAUUAUCCAUGCAGCUGAGGAAAAGGAUUGGAAAACCGCAUACUCCUAUUUCUAUGAGGCUUUUGAAGGUUAUGACUCUAUUGAUAGCCCCAAGGCAAUUACAUCUCUGAAGUACAUGUUGCUGUGCAAAAUCAUGCUUAACACCCCAGAAGAUGUCCAGGCUUUGGUGAGUGGGAAACUUGCACUUCGGUAUGCUGGGAGGCAGACAGAAGCAUUAAAAUGUGUUGCUCAAGCUAGCAAGAACAGAUCACUGGCAGAUUUUGAAAAGGCCCUGACAGAUUACCGGGCAGAGCUCCGGGAUGACCCUAUCAUCAGCACACACUUGGCCAAGUUGUAUGAUAACUUACUGGAACAGAAUCUGAUUCGAGUCAUUGAACCCUUUUCCCGAGUACAGAUUGAACACAUAUCUAGCCUCAUCAAACUCUCCAAGGCUGAUGUGGAAAGGAAAUUAUCACAGAUGAUUCUUGACAAGAAAUUUCAUGGGAUCUUGGACCAGGGGGAGGGUGUCUUGAUUAUUUUUGAUGAACCCCCAGUAGAUAAAACUUACGAAGCUGCUCUGGAAACCAUUCAGAACAUGAGUAAAGUAGUGGAUUCCCUCUACAACAAAGCCAAGAAACUGACAUAGAGUUGGAUCUGUAGCGGUCCUUUGGAGAGUGUGUGUGGCGGGCGAGUGAAACCUUUGGGGGAAAAUGCUAGGAGAUUCUUUUUUCUUUUUGUUCUACUUUUCGCUCGGAAAGUUUUUAAAUCCUCAUUUGGUGCAUCUGUAUUCCAGCCAAUAGGUGUGCCAGUUUUCAUGUAAUCUUUACUGGCCCAACUUGGGAGUGGGGAAAUUGCUUAAAAAAAAAAAAAGAAAAAGAAAAAAAAAAGGUUAUACUAAAUAAAAGGAAAAAAGGCUUACACUACCUAAAGCUGUGCUCUCUGCCUCUUGGGAGAGGGCCGCAAAGCCAGGCGACCGCCAGCCACUGGGGCACCUAAUCCACCUGCUGGGCGUCACCUCUCCUCCUCUUCAGAAUUGGGUGUUUGCCUGACCAUCAAAGCAACGACUUUUUAUUCUGUUUGUACUGAACCAAAACAAACAACUGUGUAUAGACUGCUGUUUUCUUUUUUUAUUUGAAAUGAGGCGUUUCGGUGUUCUUUCCCCUGCCAUAUGGCCUGUCCACCCACCUUUCCCCUCAACAACGGCUCCAGCAGACUGGCCGAAGGUCCUGUCAUCGCCGCAGCCGCAGCCGCACAGCUCCGCUUCGUCCUGUGAAGGAAUGGGGACGAGGCCAGGAGCUGGUGUCCACCACGGCCACACGGGGAGCAGUGUGGGCCCUCAUUGGGCCUGCUAUGCAUGUGGCUCUUUUUAACACAGUAAACUAGGUUAGACGUCAGUGUUUUAAUUGCCCUCUCCUCUACUCUUUUCUCUCUCCCUUCUCUUUCCCCUUCUCAACCAGGAGACCAUCCUUUGUCUCUUUCCCUUCUUCCCCCAUGCCAGGGGAGUCCGACUCUGAAAUCCAGCGCUCUCCCUUCCCCCCUCCUGCUGUCAGAUGGAUUUAUUCCUUUUUUAAACAGUGAACAUCGGAAAUGAGACUGUGGGGUAUUAUUUUAUUUUAUUUUUUAUUUUGUUUUUGCUUUUUGUUGUUGGGUGUUUUUUGAACAACCUCAUGUAUCCCUCCCAGGGAGCUUCUUUAUUUACCUCUUAGAAAUCAAAGGGACGGGAGGUAGAGCACUGUAUUUCAGCAUGCUUUGUUUUAUGAUGAGAUUACAUAGCAAGGCUUUCGUGCCAUUUGGGCAGGUAAGCUUUUGCACCUUUGUUGUGCUCAACUAUAUUUCCUUCUUCCUCUCAUCUCCUCUCGUCUCCUCUCUUUUCCCCUUCCCUUCCUCCGUACCGCCUUCCUGCUGGCCUCCUUUUGUCUUUCUUUCCCUUUCUCAGAAUUAUCCUUCCAGGUUUUCGUAAUAAAUUUAUAUUUUGUAAAAGAAUUUUGUUGUACCAGGUUUUGCAUCCCCACUGAAUCCGACUGGCUUUUAUUUUCCUUUCUAAAAUCAGGUUUUUGUUUUCAACAUCUCUCCCCAUCAUGUCCAGUCACUGUUUUGGUUUUGGCACCAUCAAUAUCAAAUGUACAAACGGUUCUUGCUAACCAACACCAGGUAUAUCUGAUGUUCAGAUGAGUUCCAAUAAAAACAAUUUUUUUUUCAAAAAGUGUCCUUUCUUGAGUGCUGGAGGACUCCUGACUAAGCCCAGGCAGCCUUGUGUAGCUCUCUAGACUCACCAAUGCUCUACUGUUCACAGGCCUAGUGGGAUCUUUUAGAAGUGUAGGGCUUCGGGUAAGAAAGUUGGUCUGUGGGGCUGGAGCCAUAUUGCAGUGGGUAGGGCACUUGCUUUGCACAGCCUGACCGAGUUCUGAUCCCUGGCACUCGACACAGUUCCUCAGACACUGCCACUACACAAUUCCUGAGUGUAGAACCAGGAAUGACCCCUGAGCAUCACUGGGUGUGGCACAAAUGCUAAACAGAAUAAAAAAGUUGGCUCUGUGAGGUUUGAAAUGGAAAGUGGUUUUUAGAUAUUUUAUUUUUCCAAAUUAUUGUAGCCCAUUGAGGACAUGGUGUCUGGGUUCUUUUCCUCAAGCACAUUUUGAGAAUGGUGCUGCUUUGGUAGGUAAUUGUGUAGGGGUUAUAGGAAGUUAUUACAGCAAGUGCCUGGAGAAUCCUGAUAUUCUGAUGUGGUUGUUUUUAUGUAGAAUUUUCAGAAGCAGUUAUUUUUCACAGUAUGUCCCUCACCCCUCCCUGGGAGUAGUUUCGAGGGGGGCUAUGGGGCUCAGACCCAGGGAAUGAGUAGAACUGAGGACUCUGGGGCCACUUGGGAGGGUGAAUUCCGGUUGUCUAUUCCACUUCCAUCCCAGCAGUACUGCUCUUCUCUGGUGUAUGCAGAGUUUUACUUGCAGGAAGAGUUUUUGCUUCAGUGAAGGACUUCAAAUAAUAUUCCAAAAAGAUGUAGAACUGGAGCAUAGGGGAGGACUUCCCCAAGCUGGGGAGAACCUGAGAAGCCAGAUGGGGAGCAGCCGUCUCUGCUCCGGGACUCUGAUGGAUCCCUCGAAAACUGCACUGUCCACUAGGUAGCCACGUGUGGCUGUUUAGGCCUUGAAAGAUGGCUAGUUCCAAACUGGGUUAUUACUGCAAAUGUAAACACAAAGCAAACUUUGAAGACAAAAUGAAAAGAGAAAAAGAAUGUAAAACAGCUUAACUUUUUAAGUAUUUUGAAAUAUUUUAACCAUAUUGGGCUAAAUAAUAAAAUGUUACUGAAGUUGA